CAAUUCAAAAAACACUCGUUUUGGAUUAAGAACAGGAGCAAAUAUGAAAAUAGACAUUCUUUUCAACGCAAUACUAGCACAACUCAUAAUUCAACUUGAAGGUAAUCUUCGUUAAAGCAAACUAAAGCUUUUCUUACGCAUUUUCAUUAACAAUGAAAACUUUAAACUUUAAACCCACUUACCUCAAAACAUGAUUUUUUAAGUUGUGCCGCUAUUGCAGCCCAUGAGCGACGUGUUUGAAAUACUUUGAAGAAAUGUUUUGAUUCUUUGAAUAAUAUGAAAGUUGAGAAUUGAAACUCUAAAUGUCUUCAACUGGUUGAAACUCUACCAUAUCAUUAUUUUCAGUUGUUCAAAUUUGCUCUUAUGUAUCUAUAAUUUAAUGACAGGUCAGUUAAGCAACGGAGUAACACAGUUUCCACGACAACGGCUGUAAUCCGGUCUGCUUACCCUUCUCUCCAGUGCCAACUUAAGGUGGAAUGGACUAUAGUACAUAUUGAGAAAGCACUGUCUUUAGCUCCUAAUAUGUUGACACCUGAAGCAAAACUAGAAUUAGCUGCAAUCAAAAAGGAACGGGAAAACAAGGUUAAGCACUUGAAAAAAAACUGGAAGCAAAGCAUCGAGCAUUGCAAUCCUGUGUAACUAGGAAUGUUGAUGAAGUUAAUUCUGCUUUGCAGUCUAAUCUAGAGGAGGGAGGAAAAUAUGGAAUUCCAGAGGGUCGCCCUCUGAAUGGCUUACAGAAGGAAAGGCGAUUCCGGUAACGGGCAAGCGCCCGGAUGUGACGAUAAUCCUAAUCACAUCGUUUACAGGAAGAUGGAGAGGAUUGUUGAAAAAAUGCAGGAUGAACAAAAUGGCGUGCCUGUCAAAACAGUCAAGAGUUUUAUGACUAAAAUUCCUAGCGUAUUUACAGGUUCUGAUUUAAUAUUGUGGAUGAUGAAACAUCUCGACGUUGAAGAUCAAACUGAAGCCUUACAUCUGGGUCAUUUGAUGUCAGCUCACGGCUAUUUCUUCCCCAUUGAUGAUCAUAUCCUCACAAUCAAAGCAGAUGGAACAUUUUACAGAUUUCAGACGCCGUACUUUUGGCCAUCGAAUUGCUGGGAACCUGAAAAUACAGAUUACGCUGUUUAUCUCUGCAAGCGCACCAUGCAGAACAAGACGAGACUGGAAUUAGCAGAUUAUGAAGCGGAGAACCUGGCCAGGUUGCAAAAGAUGUUUUCUCGGAAAUGGGAAUUUAUUUUCAUGCAAGCUGAGGCUCAAGCAAAGGUGGAUAAAAAGAGAGAUAAGCUGGAAAGGAAAGUCCUUGACAGCCAAGAGCGUGCCUUUUGGGAUGUCCAUCGACCAGUGCCAGGUUGCGUCAAUACAACGGAAAUGGACAUCAAGAAAGCGUGCCGAAUGAACAAACCAAUCAAAAGUGCCAAGCAUUUCCAGAGUGCGGUGGGAGGGGGCCGCAUCAGUCCAAGUGUAUCAGAAACAGAUCUCAACAGCCCUCAAGACACAAUCAAAGUAGAGAUCCAAUCCCUCAAGCAUCGGUUGAAUCGAAGAAAUGUUAAAGUGUCGAAAGUGGCAGACUUGUAUAUCAAUUUUUUCGAACAAUAUCAGGAGUACGACGCCUUCCUCGUUCCUCCAGAACCUUCCAAUCCAUGGAUUUCCGACAGUGUCGAAUUCUGGGAGUUAGAAAAACAAACAAAAGACAUUCCAGCGAGACGUGUGAGGAGAUGGGCCUUCUCUCUGAAGGAACUCCUUAAGGAUCCGGCAGGGAAAGAGCAAUUCUACAAGUUCCUCGAAAAAGAAUUCAGUGCGGAAAACCUCAAGUUUUGGGAUGCUGUCCAAGAGCUAAAACAAGUGCAUUCAAAAGACAUUCCACUCAAAGUACAAGAAAUAUGGAAUCUGUAUUUGGAGAUAGAUGCUAAAGAAGCGAUUAAUAUCGAUUCUAAGAGCUAUGAGAUUACCAAAAAGAACAUCGAGAAUCCCGACAGGUGGACAUUCGAAGAAGCCGCUGCUCAUUUGUAUCAAUUAAUGAAGGAUGAUAAAUACUCUCGAUAUCUGAGAUCCGAAAUGUAUAAAGAAUAUUUGAAUGGAAUGAAGAAGAAGACUUCCGUAAAAGGUAUCCGAUCAGUAAUAUCAUUCAGUGCAAAAAAGGAACAACCAUCUUCCUCCUAGCAUUCAACAAAUCUUUUUCCUAUAAGAGUGACUUGGAAGGAAAAAUAAAACGCACCGAAGGAAGAUAAGUAUCGCAUUUGUUGAACUGCUUAGAAUCCUAGAUGACAUUUUAGACAUCAAUGUGUCAUUCAUUUCUAAUUCCUUGUGCUCUUUUUAUUGUAAAUAUUCUGUACAAAACGACCAUUUUUAGAAGAGAUUAUCAACUAUAUAUACUUUUAUCGACGUCAUUUUCAUAUCGAGUCGGAAAACGAUUCUUUCUUUGCCGACGAAUCCUUCUCAUCAAAAGAUUUUAACGAACAUUAUUGAAUUUUAUAAUACUUGCUGUCAAAUGAAAAUUUUCCAUCAAAAUGUGCUCUCCAUUUUUAUCGGUAUUUCUCGUAUUAUUUCUUUGUAAAUUGUUAAAUGCAUUGGCUUUAGGAAAUUUUAUGAUGGGAUAAAAUUACUUUUUUCCUUAAAAAAUAAAUAGCCUGUCAGCACAUUUUGGAUUGACAACGAUCUAAGUCAUGAACUAGUUGACCACAUAUACGAUUCUGAUCACAUGAGAUUUUUAUAAUAUUAUAUUUAAUUCAAAAACAUCUCGAAUCUAAAACUAGAUGAUGAUAACAUAUU